CUCACAUGGGUCAACCUUCCGCCGUGGCAAAGGCUGGGAAAUGGCCGCGUUUUUGUUGUAUCUUAGGUUUCCAUUGCUAAUACUUACCUCAGCCCUAAUUUUGAGCAGAGCUCGGGGCGAGCUUUUUACGGCCUUAGUCGAUCUGGAACAGUUGGUGUAUAGAGAACGAGAAUUAAGAUUUACUUUAGAACAAUACGUGAAUUUAGAACAAGAAAGGAUAACCAAAUUGAAGAAGUUUCUCGCUCGAGUGGAUUCCGCACACAAUCUGGUAGGAGAAGAUGUACCAAGGUAUUUAGGACAUCCUGUAAAUUCUUAUCUCCAGAUCAGGAGAUUAUAUAAAGAUUGGCCUGAAGCAGAGAAAUUGAUUCAAAUCGAUAAUUCUGAGGCUGUAAGUGAUGCCAUAACCAAGCAUAAAGAGGCACUUUCAUCAAAAGAAGAUUAUGAAGGAGCAAUCACUGCCCUCCUGCGACUUCAAGACACCUACCAAAUUCAACCGUCAUCAUUUACAGAAGGCAAGCUGACAGACGCUGUCCCAUCACCCAAAAUGACAGUUGGUGAGGUUUAUGAUAUUGGACGACAUGCUUAUUUGAAUGGCGAUAUGUUUUACACAAGGUCAUGGAUGGAGGAAUCACUGAAACAAUACAUUAAGCAACAGGAUGAUUUAGAGGGAGUUAAUCUCUUUGACAUCUAUGAUCACCUCGCAUACUCUAAUUACAAGCGAGGUAACAUGAGGAAGGCGUUAGAGUACUCCAAGAAGAUGGUAGAGCUUGAUCCCUUGCAUGAACGAGCACAAGGGAAUGUUGCUUUCUUUGGAGAAGAAGUGAAGAUGUACAAACAGACUGGUCGCCGAGGAGAUACUGGGAUUAUCACUGACACUAAAGUAAAACCAAGGAGUGAGCGUGACAACUGGCACCGAACAUCCUCCUUCCAAAACUAUGAAAAACUCUGCAGGGGAGAAGUUAGAAAUUUGACUGCAUGGGAACAAAGUAAAAUGUUGUGCUGGUACUACAGUGGUACACCAAGAUUAAGAAUCAGGCCGGCAAAGUUUGAAAGAGUGUUUUUAAAGCCAGAAAUUAUAAUAAUGCGCCAAAUCCUAACAGUGCCAGAGAUGAACAAGAUAAAAGAGUUGGCCGCGCCAAGGCUCCGUCGUGCCACUGUUAGAAGCUCCAAAAGUGGUUUGCUAGAACAUGCUAAAUAUAGAGUGAGCAAGCGUCGUGCGACAAUUCAACAUCCAGUCACGGGAAACCUUGAAUUUGCGUCCUACCGCAUAAGCAAAAGUGGCUGGUUGAAAGACACUGACCACGAACUUGUAAGACGAGUGAGUUUGCGCAUUGAAGAUGUAACAGGCUUAACGAUGGACACAGCUGAAGAACUACAGAUUGUAAACUAUGGUAUUGCUGGUCAUUAUGAACCGCACUACGAUUUUGCACGGAAUAAUGAAGACAAGUUUACAUCUCUUGGCACGGGAAACAGAAUCGCCACCUUCUUGGCUUACAUGAGUAAUGUCGAAGCUGGUGGCGGUACGGUGUUUACACAAGUUGGCACAACUUUAUUUCCCAGCCAGGGAGACGCUGCUUUCUGGUGGAACUUGAAGCGCAGUGGAGAUGGAGAUGACAGCACAAGACAUGCUGGCUGUCCAGUAUUGGUUGGCAGUAAAUGGGUGGCAAACAAGUGGAUCCAUGAGCGAGGUCAGGAAUUCCGACGGCGUUGUGCUCUGUCCCGACAUGAAUGACACUGCUGACUGGAGCAGCGGGCUCAGAAUAGCUGCUUAAAUUAACCAAAUAGAAGUUACUAAUAUUAAUACAGAUUUUAUAUACAUUUAUUCUUCAUAUAAAAACGCCAGCGCCAGUGAUACUAACGCUUCGACUUUCCAUGCCCCUUAGUGUCACUAAUUUAACUCAAAAUAACAGCGUUUGAAACCAAAUUCGUCUUUUUGAAGUUUUGGCUGGAAAACUUUUUUGUUCGUUUGCUAACGUGAAUGGAUAUUUGUGAAUAAUCCUUUCAAGGCUUACUACUUAAGUCCUGUAUUUUGUUAGAAAAGUAAACCACUGGUUUAUUUUGCCUUCUAAGUUACUUAUUUAUUUUCAUUUUUAUUUUUUUGUGUGGUAUGUCGUCGUUAAUUUAAACUGUUCGCUCCCAAAACUUUUAAAAGACUGAAGAGAAGCUGCUUUGUCAGUGUUCCGUAGAAUAUAAUGAUUUUCUCUGAGAGCCUUAGUAUCUAUUAUGGCGUGAGAAUUUAAGGGUGAAAGAUUUUAACAUAAGCGCGUGUCACGUGGAUGACUGCACCAAACGUUAGCGUUUGGACCCAGUCUUUUGGUUUGUACAAAGAAGAGAGAGGACUGUGGAUACUGAAAGAAAUGAAUAGAGAAAGGCUGCAAGAAAAAAUUCUUUUUAUGAUAUUAAUGAUAAUAAUAAAGUUUAUAAUCUUGAUAAAUCCUAAGAGUUUAAUUAUUUUCUCACAGUUUCUCAUCAAGUCUCAAAUUUUCAUCGAACGGAAAUAAAUUUUGUAUAUUGCU